AUGGCAUCCGACGACAGGAUCAAACCCAACGACGACGAUAACGGCAACGACGGCAACGACAACAAUGACGAUUGCAUCGCCCCCUCAACCUCAAGGGCCGCUCCCGAUCUCCAAAUCCUCGGCGAUGCUGUCACCCUCCAGCCUAGCGGGUACGUCGAACCCAGCGGCAGCUCGCCUCAUGGAGAGGAGAAGCCUCUCAUGAACCAGUCUGCCUCGUUUCGGUCCGAACCUUUACAGUUCCUCCGCGAAGUGUCCCUCUACGUAUCCGGCCAUGGAUGGCGAGCCUACGACCGCAUCAUCGGCCAACCCAUCUUCUACCCAGGCUUCUCCGAGAAUAUGCGCAACAUGGUCAUGGCCUCGCCCUUACUCCAGAAAUGCAUCGCCAACCUGGCAGCCGAGCGCGUCCGCAUCGAAGAGCGCGAAGGUUUGCUCGACAACUUAUCCAGUAACUUUGACGCCAAGCGGGCUCAGCGUCGUGCGCAGAUCGACGCUUCCCUGCAGGAGGUGGCUGAGAAGCUGACCGACGACAUGAUAUGUAAGCUGGAGAGCAAGUCCUUUGUCAGAGGCGCGCACUACGUCAUGACGCAGCUCCUCACGCGCGCGUACCACCAGGGCAUUCACGUCUCAAGCGAGGAGGUUCUCCGGCUGCGGCGCGUGGCCGAUAUGGCGGCCAGAAAGAAGCAGAGCAUCAUCUUCCUGCCCAGCCACCGCUCGCACGUCGAUUACGUCUCCCUACAAAUCAUAUGCUACCGUCUAGGCCUGUCACUGCCCGUCGUCGUCGCCGGUGACAACCUCAACUUGCCGCUCGUCGGCAAUAUGCUGCAGCAUGCUGGCGCCAUGUGGAUCCGCCGGUCGUUUGGUGAGGACGUACUCUACACGACGCUUGUGCAGUCGUAUAUCGACACGCUGCUGCAGGAGGGCUACAACUUUGAGUGCUUCAUCGAGGGCGGCCGGUCGCGCACGGGAAAGCUCCUCCCUCCCAAGUUUGGCAUCCUCGGCUUCGUCCUCGAUAGCAUCUUGUCCGGCCGCGUCAACGACACGAUCAUCUGUCCCGUCAGCACGCAGUACGACAAAGUCAUCGAGACGGAGGGCUACGUCACCGAGCUCCUAGGCGUGCCCAAGAAGAAGGAGACCCUGACCGACCUGCUUACCAACGGAUCGAGCGUGCUCUCCCUCAAGCUGGGCCGCGUCGACGUCCGCUUCAACGAACCCUGGAGCCUGCGCGCCUUUAUCGAGGACCAGCUGUCCCGCCUCCCGAAGGUGCCUCCCGGUCUGGACACCGACCACCAGGAUCCUGCCGUCCGUGCCGUUCGCAAGAAGCUCCUGUACACCCUGGGCUACAAGGUUCUGGGCGACAUCAACGCCGUGUCCGUCGUCAUGCCUACCGCCCUGAUCGGCACCGUCCUCCUGACCCUGCGCGGCCGCGGCGUCGGCAAGCCCGCCCUGAUCCGGCGAGUGGAGUGGCUGGCUGCCCGGGUGCGCGCCAAGGGCGGCCGCGUCGCCCACUUUGGCAGCUCGUCCGUCGCCGACAUUGUCGACCGCGGUCUCGACGUCCUGGGUAGGGACUUGGUGGGCGUGGUCGACAACCUCCCCGAGCAGACCUACUACGCCGUCGACCGCUUUCAGCUCUCCUUCUACCGCAACAUGACGAUCCACCUCUUCGUGUACGAGGCCCUCGUCAGCGCCGCGCUGUACACGCGCGUCAAGCGCGGCGGCGGUCCCUCCAACCAGGAUAUGGCUUACGACGAGCUGAGGGAGUACGUCCUCUUCCUGUCGUCCCUCUUCCGGGGCGAGUUCAUCUUCUCGUCCCAGGGGUUCGCGGCAAACCUCGACAAGACCCUCAGGGGUCUGGAGGCAGACCAUGUCGUCCGCCUCGACCGUGAUCAGCAGGGAAACAUCACCAUGGUGGGGUUGUCGGACCACGAGCGCAAGGUCGGGCGGGAGAAUUACGACUUUUACUGUUUCCUCAUCUGGCCAUUCAUCGAGUCUACCUGGUUGGCUGCCGUGUCUCUCAUGGGGUUGACGCCGCCGAGGGGACAGAGGGAGGAUAUAUGGGUUGAGCUGAGAAAGUCUCAGAACAUGGCUCAAGUGCUCGGCAAAACCCUCUACCACCAAGGCGACCUGUCCUACUUUGAAGCCGUCAAUAAAGAGACGCUGGGCAACUCGUACGCGCGCUUUGAACAAGACGAGAUCCUCCACGUCGUCAAAUCGAAGGACCCCAAGGUCCCGCCGCGCACGCAGCUCGACCCGUCGUGGCGACCACCUCGUGACCCCGAGACGGGCGCCCUCCUAGCAGAAGGGAGACUGUGGGACCUGAUCGAGAGAGUGGCCAUGUCCCGUCGCGAAGGUAAGAACCGACGUGACGGGCCCACGGUGAGCGACCACGUGCUCAAGCUGGCGGACAAGUUGGGUCAGGAGCUCUUUGUCCUGGCUGAUGAGGACGGGGCCAAGAAUAAGGUCCCCAGUCGCUUGACAGACGAGGAGGCGAGGGCGGUGCAGAGCAGGAGGGCUGCCUCCAAGAGGAGGAGAGGAAAGAUGGACAAUGCGGCGCAUCUGUAG